CUCCAAUUUCCAACCGGGUGGCAGCACUGGCGAUCAGCUGUGAGCGGCAGCAACGCCAACGCGAAUGAAUCGUUUUUGCGGCAACGAGGAGGAUUUAGGAAAAGUCCAAGGAGCAGCGCUAUCCACUUGGCCAACACAGUAGAAGACAGGAUGUCCGACGAUGACGAGGCCGGCGUCCACCGGCUGGAGGGCACCACGGGCCAGGAGACGCGCGGCGGCCUGGUAAUCCGGAAGCCCAAGGAUGCCGCCCAAACGAAGGGCGGCGGCGGAUUCAAGGUGCCGCAGGCAUCGCUCCUCGGCCUGGACAAGCUGGCGGCCAAGCGGCGUGCCGAGAAGGAGCAAUCGGAGCGGCUGAUGUCCUUCCAGGACAGCGAGUAUGACGACGCCGGCGGCGGCAGUUCCACGCCCCAAACCACCGGCGGAUCCAGUGAGUUCGCCUUCAAGAAGCCGGACACCAAGAGCUUCGAGAAGCUGCGCGGCCAGCUGCGCGAGCACAAGGACGAGACGCCCUCGCACACGGGCGGCGUUUCCGAGAAGGCCCGCGAGCGUCUGCGCGAGCAUAUCCAGCGGGACAAGGAGCGUGGCCGCCUGGCCAGCUCGUCAUCCUCCGCGGCGGAGGGCAGGGACCGGGAUCGCGAACGCGAUCGUGAUCGGCGCAGGAAGCGUGACGGCGAGCGAGACAACGACUUUGAACGCGACCGCGACAGGCGCCGGCAAAGGGAUAGAGGCAGGGAGCGGGAUCGGGAGCGGGACCGGCACCGCAGCCGUGAUCGUGAUCGCGAUCGGUCCGUGUCCGAGCGCAGUGUCCACACGCCGCGGGAGCCGGGCACCCCAGGCGGCGGCGGCAGCAGCGGCGUGUCCAACAGCUCCUGGGACGAUGAGGAUGGCGACGGCAGCCAGCGCAAGUCGGACUGGGACAUGCCCACGCCGAAACGCCACAACAGCCAAUCCCGUGACUGGUCGGUGCGCAGCGGUGGCGGCAGUCGACGGCAUCAGGAUCGCCGGCAGGAUGACACGGCGCGUCCAACGCCGGCCCAUCGGUACAAUCAGUGGGCCCACGACCGCAAGCGCAGUGGAGCCACGCCCUGGGGCGAGGAUCCCGAGUCGCUGGACCUGUGGGAGGAGGAGCAGCGGCGAUUGGACCGCGAGUGGUACAACAUCGACGAGGGCUACGACGAUGAGAACAAUCCGUUUGCCGGCGCCAGUUCCGAGUAUUUCCGCAAGCGUGAGGAGCAGCUGGAGCAGAAGCGCACCAAGCGGAUCAGCGCCCAGCAGCGGCAGAACAAUCGGGAUAACGAGCUGUGGGAGCGGAACCGCAUGCUCACCUCGGGCGUGGUCAUGUCGAUCAGUGUGAACGAUGACUUCGACGAGGAGGCGCUGGAGCGGGUGCAUCUGCUGGUGCACCACAUCAUACCGCCAUUCCUCGACGGCCGCAUCGUGUUCACCAAGCAGCCGGAGCCGGUGGUGCCCGUCAAGGAUCCCACCUCUGAUAUGGCGCUGCUGGCGCGGAAGGGCAGCGCCCUGGUGCGCACCUAUCGGGAGCAGAAGGAGCGCCGCAAGGCGCAGAAGAAGCACUGGGAGCUGGGCGGCACCAAGCUGGGCAACAUCAUGGGUGUCCAGCGGCCGCAGGACGACGAGGAUGCCCGUUUCGACAAGGACAACGAUACGGCCGACUACCGCAAGGAUCAGAAGUUCGCCGACCACAUGCGCGACCAGGAUACGGGCGGCAAGAGUGAUUUCUCGCGCAAGAAGACCAUUUCGGAGCAGCGCCGCUUCCUGCCCGUGUUCGCCUCGCGCCAGGAGCUGCUCAACGUGAUCCGUGAGAACUCGGUGAUCAUCAUCGUGGGCGAGACGGGCAGCGGCAAGACCACACAGCUCACCCAGUAUCUGCACGAGGAUGGAUACAGCCAGCGGGGCAUGAUCGGGUGCACGCAGCCCCGUCGAGUGGCCGCCAUGUCGGUGGCCAAGCGCGUCUCCGACGAGAUGGACACCCAGCUGGGCGAGGAUGUGGGCUAUGCCAUCCGAUUCGAGGACUGCACCUCGGAGCGCACGGUCAUCAAGUACAUGACGGACGGUAUCCUGCUCCGCGAGAGUCUGCGCGAUCCGGAACUGGACAGCUAUGCGGCCAUCAUCAUGGACGAGGCCCACGAGCGAUCCCUCUCCACGGACGUACUUUUCGGACUGCUGCGAGAGGUGAGCUUAUUGAUCAUUAUUUUGAAUCCAUUCCUCUGGCGUUUCCACUCCCCAAUUAUCUGUUCAACCCAAAGACUCUUACUGUUGUGCUUAUCGAUUCGUAUGAAUCAUUUUUGAGUUGCAUAAACGACUUACA